UGACCAGCUGAGCAGCAGUGCAGCUAGGAGGAGGAGCAGAGAGCUAGAGAGAGGGGAUCUAAAGAGCGAGAGAGCUGAGAUCAGAGAUGAGUAAAAAGGCUGCACCUAGCUGGAUGGAAGAAGAGAAACGCCCCCUGCUUUCCUCGACGCAGAAGGUUAACGAAGAUGUCUACGGAGAGGCCGAGGCGCCAGUCCGUCAGCAGAACUCGCUGGUGUCCUUCGUGACCAGGAACAAGGAGAAGAUCCCGGGCUACGGGAUGUGGACGAUGGUCCGGCGCAGCGGUGUCUACCCGCUAUACGUCCUCCUAGCACUACUAGUGGUGUACCUGUUCAACCAGCUGGACCGCUAUACCCUGCCCAUAGUAACUACGUCCAUGGGCCCCGACCUGCGCUACGGGGACAAGACGUGCCAGGUGAACCCUGACGCCAACUCCACCAUUCGAGGACACGCCAAUUUCAGCUCCAGCCUCUGUACCAGUGACGCAUUUCAGCACAAGAGCGUGUGCGUCGUCAACUCCACACUUACGGACGACUUCUACAACACCACUGCCUGCAGAUGGUGGUGGAGUGGCACAGGUCUCGUGUACCAGAUCCUCGCCGGGCCGGUGUUCAACAACCUAUACCCACUGGCCGGAGUCUUCACCGGGUUUAUCGCAGAUUUCGGCAACCGUAAAGUGUUCCUGGUCAUCAGUCUGGUUUUCUGGAGUCUCGCAACCGGUUUGACGGGUUUUGCGGAGAAAUUCUGGCACCUCGUUGUUCUGAGAGCUCUUCUGGCUAUUGGAGCCGCUGGUUGUAGUCCCUUUGCACUUAGCAUUCUGGGAGACUAUUUCCCAAAGGAGCUGAGGGGUUCCGCACUGGGUAUAUACUACUUUGGUAUAUACAUUGGGUACUCCCUCGCGUUUUCCAUCGGAAACGGAAUAGUUGAGGUUCUCAACUGGAGAUGGGUCUUCUUCAUCAGUGGGUUGGCCGGAAUUGCCGUCGCCCCUAUCGUUCUCUUCACCGUUAAGGAACCGCAGCGAACGGUCGCCAAGGGAACGCCGGAGACGACCGCUCGGGAGGAGAAGCUCUCGUUCCGCCAGCGAUUCUUUCUUCUAGCGGUGACUUUUCUCAUGCCUGGGAUGUUUGUCCUUUGUAUUGCCGGCGGUAUCAGAAAUGCUGGCGGGUACGUCUGGGCCUACAACACUGAGAUAUUCUUCGAGAAUUUCUACACGAAAGACACGAUCAAUCGGUUCAUGUCGUGGAUUCCGUUGGUGGGCGGGUCCCUGGGGGCAGUGGUGGGCGGAGUCAUCUCAGACCUGCUGGUGAAGGGGCGUGGCACUAUGGCGAGGAUAUGGGUCAUCGUUGUUAGUCAGAUUGCUGCAGCUCCGUUUGCAGCGGGAGCCCUCUUCCUGCCCUACCCCUGGUGCUUCCUCUCCCUCAUCCCCUCCAACAUCAUCGGUGAGAUGUGGAUCGGCGUUGCCUCGGCAAUCAUCGUGGAUCUAGCUCCAGCCAAGAUCAGGACAGCCUCUCUCGCUCUCUACUUCUUCAUCAUCACGGUCAUCGGAGGGAACUUUAACCUGUUGGUGGAGCCAAUCAAACAGGGGUUCUCCCACCAUUUUGGGCCCAUCACGAGCCUCCGUCUGGCGCUACUGUUCACCUUUCCAGCACUCUAUGUGAUAGGAGCAGCCCUGUUCCUACUCUCCUAUAUGUUGAUGCAGAUAGACCUCAAGUUGAAGCCUAACGCCGAGACGCAUGUUCUGGAGAGCCUGCAAUCCUCAAGUAGGAGAAAGAGAGAAGAGCCGCCCGACCUCGAGAGAGAGACGUAGGGUGGUGGGCUCUUAAUAGAACCAUUUGAUUUUACUGUGUGCCUGUAUUUAGAACUAUGACAACAGGUUUUUAUGAACUCAUAAUAAACUGUUUGUAUAUAUUAUACUACUGUGUGUAACUCCGACUAUACUGACAAAUAAUAUUAAGUUUGAAAGAGACAGUUACAGUUAAUAAGGCCAAAAAUAAUGUUAUAUAUAAAUACUCGCACAUUAUGAUACAAUACAAAACAGACAAUGCGAGAAACGAAACAGUAAGUCUUC